UACUUUUGAUGGUAGCUGCCUUUUCCUUGUGAGUACUUCUGGAGAGGUAGAUCCUGAGAAGUAGCUCCAGUGAACCAGUUCCUGUGGAUUUUCACCUUUCCUUUGGCUCUUGGCCUCAAGCCCCAACUCAGUGCUGCUUUUGUGCUGUUCUUGUUUCAUUUUCUUAUCAGUUUUUUAUCCCCCAUUCCUCUCCACUUUGGCUGAGCUAGCAGGCUGGGCUGGCUGACUCCAGUGGCCCUUUUAGGGGUGGAAGAGGAGGGGACAGUGCUGGGGCUGAUGGUCAAGGCCUGUCAGGCGGGCUGCCUUCCCAUACCACAGAGGGGGAGCUUCGGGAUGACGUUUAGAGCAGAACAGGGUUUGUGAAAUACCCAGCACACGGACAGUACCAUUACCAGGGGAAGACAGCUCCCACGGAGCCGCCGCUGGUGCCGGCAGCGGUGCCUUUCUGAAGAGCAGUGGGUGUCUUUUGCCACAGCAGCGCCUCACUGCUCAGCGUGACUCCUCGUCCUCCCAAGGACCACCAGCUCUUCCUGCUCUGCAAGCCAGGACCAGAGCAGGUCUGCUCCCCUCCACAGUGGACGGUUUACCUUGGAUCAGCUGGUUAAAGCCGCUGGAUACACAGUCACCCUCCGGCAUUUCCAAACUCACCUUUUAACCUGCAGAUCCAGGGGCUGGCGCAGAACUCCCUGCCACCAUGAAAACAAUUAUUGCAGCCUGCUCUCAAAAUCUUAGUGGCAGCCGCGCCAGCAUCCAGGCCACCCUGCGCACCCUGCUCACAGCGCCCUGGCCCUCGCAGCGGGAUAUCCACUCCUGGCUCCAGCUUCUCUCCGUCCUUCAGUGGGUGCUCAGCUUCCUGCUGCUGGGGAUUGUCAGCCUGCUGCUCCUCAUUUACCUUGUGUUCACCAGCUUCUGGCCCAUCUCUGCUCUCUACCUGGCCUGGAUCAUCUUUGACUGGGAAACACCGGAGAAGGGUGGCAGGAGGUUGCCAUGCCUGCGUCGCUGGACUGUGUGGAGGCACUUUCGGGAUUAUUUCCCUGUGAAGCUGGUGAAGACACACGACUUGUCCCCUAGCCACAACUACAUCAUUGGCUCCCACCCUCACGGCAUCCUCUGCGUUGGCGCCUUCUGCAACUUCAUCACGGGCUCCACGGGCUUUGAGGAGAUGUUCCCGGGCAUCCGGCCCUUCCUCACCACCCUGGCGGGCAACUUUCGAUUGCCCAUCUUCAGGGAGUACCUGAUGAGUGGGGGGCUGUGCCCAGUGACACGCCGUGCUAUCGGGUACCUGCUGUCCAAGAACGGCACCGGCAAUGCGGUGGCCAUCGUCAUCGGCGGCGCGGCCGAGUCACUCUCCUGCCGUCCCGGCAUCACCACGCUCACCCUGAAGAACCGUAAGGGCUUCGUCCGCUUGGCCCUGCAGCACGGGGCCCACCUCGUCCCCUCCUUCUCCUUUGGGGAGAAUGACCUCUUUCGCCAGGUGGUCUUUGAGGAGGGAAGCUGGAUGAGGAGCAUCCAGCAGCGCUUCCAAAAGAUGAUGGGCUUUGCUCCCUGUGUCUUUUACGGUCGGGGCCUCACCUCCAUCCAGUCUCGGGGUUUCCUUCCCUAUGCCAAACCCAUCACCACCGUAGUGGGGGAGCCAGUGACAGUGCCCAAGAUCGAGGACCCGAGCAGUGAGGUGGUGGACAUGUACCACGAGAUGUAUAUCCGCUCCCUGCUCAAGCUCUUCAACGAGAACAAGACCAAGUACGGUCUGUCGGAGAUGGACGAGCUGCACAUCCUCUGAGCACGGCUUGGGGCCGGCGGCCAGAUCCUGGCUCACAAGGGCAGUGCUCUUGUGGGUGGGGAUUUCAGCCAUACCGGCAUGGGGGACACACGGGGGAUGCACAGGGGACGGUCCCCACUCUGGCCCUCGGCUCCUCUGGCCAAAAAACUGAGCAGGAAGCAGGAGAGGAGGAAGCAAAGGGAAGGGGAACUUGGGAAAGAGUCCUCUUUGAAAGGGAUUUGGAGGGGCUGUGGGUGUCCCUUGAAGAUGUGGGGCUGAUGGGGGGGGAAUGGAGAAAGGCUGGGGGCCAGUGCUGGGCAUGGUUCCCUCAAGAUAACCAGGACACUGUGAGCUUAGGGAAGAGGUGUCAUGUGAGGAGGGGACAAGAUGGGCUCUUUGGGAUAGCAUCCCAAUGGUGAGUGGGACCAGGCUGGGGAGAUAUCCCCCCCUGGAAGGGACACUCCAGGACCUGGGGACAAGUGGCCUCAGCCGGUACCAUGUGGUCCUGGGUGAGCGGUGGGUGCUGCUGUGGCCCCAGAUGAGCCUUUUCCACCACCUCUGUACCCAAUACAGAAUUCCAACCCUG